GAUCAGAAGCCCCUGGGCUGUUGGUCGUUUAAACAUGGGCAGACUCUCACCUGUCCUGUGGUGUGCAACUUUGAAACCCACGAGUACAUUGCAGUUCACGACGACAAGGUUUUAAGAAUAUGGAAGAAUGAAGACAUGAACUUGGACAAAGCCUUUAAAGCAACACUCUCAGCAGAUGUGUACAGGAUCCACUCCCUGCCCCAGGGCGGGCCGCUGGUGCUGUUCAGGGGAGGGGCGGUUCGGACGCUGGAUGUGCUCCUCGAGGCCCCUCAGCAGGAGAUUGAGGACCUCAUCUCAGCUGAGGUCAUCAGGUGGAGUGGAGCUUUUAUGGAAGGCCAACAACCUGUCAUAAUUUUCAUUACUGAGAAAGAUAAGGAUUUUUUUAUCUACGUACAGAAACCUAAGCUGGGUAGUCUACACAAAUACAAGCUUGAACAACAGAAACUAGCCAGGCCACAGCGUUUCACAGCACAUAUAACAAACCAAACUGUCACACUUCUGUGUUUGUAUUCCAGUGGCUGUGUAUACCAGGUUCUGAUACCUCUACAGCAAGAUACUGAAGAAGAAGAGAAAGAAGAAAUUUUGUCCAAGUCACUACUACUAAAACUUUCAGUAUCUGGAACUGUUCUGAAAGCAGCAUCUUUAGUUGUCCUGGACAAAGACCACAUUGCAGUGUUGGGCAGUCUGCCUUCACUCGGGCCAAAACCCAAUGAACUUCUGACAAUAUGGAAUACAAAAUUUCAGACGUUGCAAACCUCAAAGGAGCUGCCCAUGGGGACUAGCGGCCAGUUGUGGUGUUAUGAGGAAAAAUUUUUUCUAAUUCAUGGGAAAGUGCUGACUGUAAUUAUGUACAAGUGUGAAACAUCAUCCUUGGCAGCUGCUGUGGGAAAGCUCAAGGACAGUCAAACCCUUGAGGUGUCCUCAUUUGUGGACUGGAAUACCCUGGAAGAUGAAGAGCUGGUGGUUUCCCUUCAGUCCCAGGAGUCUGUAGCUCUGAAAGCAGAGUCCAGAAUAAAUUUGAGAUCAAGAGCGAGCACUGUUGCUGAACAGUCAAGGACAUUAUCAGUUGGGGAGCUCUUGCUAAAACUCAAAGGUGCUCCUAGUUUCAUGUUGGAAGUUGAAAUGAAAAAACUGAUGUCAAGACCAUCAACCCUAGAUCUGCAAGCCACUAUUGGCUGUGUGGUCACUGCUGUUACAGACAGAUGUAAAGAAAAUCCAAAGUACUACCCUCAAAAUUUGCUGCAGGAGAUCGUUGAAACCCGGGACUUCUCCUACAGUUUAUGUCCAGAUUUAAUGGCUGUUGCUUUGGAGAAAAAAGACAUGCAUCUCUUACAAAUCUGCCUAGAACGGUUUCCAGAUAUUCCUGAAGAGAUUACUUAUGCUUGCCUGACAGCAUUUUUAAGCAUGAGUGAAGACCAUCUUAAAAGUAUGGAUGUAAAUCUGGAUUCUGUCAUCUGUUACAUCGAUGUUGAAUUGAACGAUAUGGAAGUUAAGAGUGAAAUUCUAGAAAAUGGUUUCAGUGAAGAGAUGGACCAGGACAUGUGUGAUACCAAAAUCCCAAAGGAGAGCCAGAGAGAUGGUGAAUCCUGCCCUGUUGGCCUUCAGAAGGCAGCAUUGCUAAAUUCUGUUCUCCAUUCAGCUUACACUGAAACAUUUCUUUUGCCUCACCUGAAAAACCUUCCAGCUCAACAAGCUAUUCUAUUUCUCAGGUAUUUGUAUUACCUGUAUGUGAAAUGCAGUGAAAAAGUGAACACCACUCUUCCUGGAAUACGCUCUCCCACGAUAAAUCAGAUCAUGGAUUGGAUGUGCCUGUUGCUUGAUGCUCAGUUCACUGUCAUGGUGAUGCUUCCAGAAGCAAAGGACUUGCUUUCAAACCUGCAUAAGUUUGUGAGAGCCCAAGUACGGUUCUACUCAGAACUCAACAAGAUUGAAGGAAGUUUGCGGGAAUUACAAAGACUGAACCACCUGAGAGAAUCUCAGACCUAUUCUAUUGAAGUGCUGGAAAUCAUUUGAAUUUGAAGCUCAUUAACACAUUUAUUUUGUAUUGAUUCCUUUUAUGACAAGGAUGUAUUAGCACUCCAUAUUGGGGCUGUCAAAAGUUGUUUUCUACAUAGGAGGAGCCUGGUUACUCUGUAGCUACAUGGGAGUUGUAAGUUUGAACCUUGUGUAUUAAAAUCUCUUUUUGACUGGAUGAGAAGAUGGAUGUUUGCUUAUAUUUUCAUGUAGAAUUUUGAUAUGUGAUCAUGAGAACUGCCUAGAAUACCACACGAUUCUUGGCUGAACACAAGAGGGUUGUGGCAGAAGUGCUGGGGGCAGAACUUGCUGUCUUGGGCUGUGUGACUUGGAAGGAGCUGCACACACAGUUAAAAGGCUCGAGUCGCUCUGGAAGGUGACAUCUUUAGUUGUGUUUGUACACUGUCAGUGCCAAAUGUAUGUAGAAGUCUGAAAAAAACCCUGCAGCAGCAGCUGAAGAUUUAUAGAGGGGAAUUUCUUAGCAAUGGUAGUAGUUGCUUUCAGUAUCUUGGACAAGAAAACUUAUCUUGAAUUUAAUAUAAGAACAUUCUUACCUACAUCAGUGUGUUUUCUGUAAGUGCUUUUUCAACUACUGAACGCCUCAACUUAGUUAAUGGCACCUAUGCUGCUUGAAUUCUAGCAUUUCAAAGUAUAUCUUAGAUUGAUUUUGAGUCUCUUUGAAAUACAAAGUGAUGAACUAAAGUUUUAUGUAGACAACAUUUGUUGAGGAUUUUACAGGUAUCUGUUGACUUAUUCUUCUGAUGAGGCAUUCACUUAAAGCUGACUUGUUACAAGAUGCUUGUGAGACUCUUCAUCUGCAGUAGGGAAAAAGGGGACAGAAGCAUAAUGCUGAAUUUCCUGAGUCAAGAAUAAAGUGGAUUGUUGGGGACAAGAUAAUCAGUACAUUUUCAGAACAGCAAAUACAAUGUUAUUUUUACUAUUUAUGUGAUGGAAUAUUGGUAGAGUUCAGCAUAUCAGUAUAUUAAUAUACUUUGGUUUUCAUCAUCUAAAUAAAAUGAUGAUUGGAAC